GUUCGAUACAUCGUUCGAUAGAUGCCGUCGCGUACGACCCAUUUUCCAACAAUGCUCGACCCGUUUAUUAUUAGAUGCGCAGACUCAGAUAGAUACACAGGCCGCCGCCUCGCGAAUAAAGACGACACGAACGCGUUUGUUGUGUACAUAAGUGCACGGAUUGCACGAGCAUCGGUGGGCAAAACCGAUCGUAUAUAUUCGCAUGCCUCUGCCGAUUUCAAUGACACGGGAACCUGUUCCUCGUGCGCAUGAAUAACCAGCUGCUACGCGCCCAUUUAGUGAGGUUUGUUCACUCUCUGAUCCGAUUCGCGAUUAGAACGCGAGAGGGAGAUCUCCGAGAGAGCUUGAUCUGUUGUGCUGUGUGUACAAAUGAAACGACCUGCAAAAUUUCUACAGGUAGCUUUCAGCGAGUACGUGUUUUCCUUUGGACUAUGAAUUGGUCAUGUGUUUAGGUUAUGUUGGCCUUUUCGUACCUUUCAGCGAGAAUAACUGUGGAUUUUGUGUACGAUAAUCUGGUAGAACGAUGGUCAAAGAGAAGCUUGAAAAGUGAAAUAACAUAUGAUGUGAAUUUCGAGAAAUUGAGUUAUAAUUGGCCUUGUAAGAAUAAGUGCAAGUGAAAUGUGAAGAGCGUUCCAGUUGAAUAUGAUUACACAUUUGUAUAAAGAAUUUUCAAUAUCUUCUCAAAUCCGUCUAUCUAUCGAUCGUUGGAACACCUCGUGCAUGAAAGUGUAAUGUGAAAAGCUGCUGGAAAUACGAGGAAUGCUUGUGCAAAUGUUAGGAUAGUUGAACGUCGGAAUCGUAGAAUUCCGAGGCUGACGAGUUUUCAUAUCGCUUUGUAAGAUUGGAAAAUUCCAUCUGCGAUAAUGCUUUGGGAGAGAUUAUCGAAAACAAUUCCUCCCCGUGUUUUCUAUUUCAAAAUUCUCUCUCACCAUGUUUUGGUAACUUUGCUAACCACCACUUUGUUAAUAUCUUUAUUUGAACAUGAUUCAACAAUUGCAUCCGCGAAAGUCAGCUCGACAGCCGAAAAAAUCCAAGGUUUGUUGCACGGCGAGAGGACAAUCCUGCGAAGGGUGAAGAAAGGGGAGGAAAGUGCGGAAAGUGGAUUCGGGGAAGACGUGUUUACAGAAGACGGACGACCCCGAGGGGGUGGAAUGAGCCGUCUGCAAACACGCAGGUUCAGCGAAAAAGUAUGUCAUAAGCGAAAUUCCGUUUGAGUUUGUUAGAACCAACCUGUCUUUCCUCAACGGAUACCAGUAAAUCAGAGGAUAACAGAGAGAAAGAGAGGAGAGAGAGAGAGAGAGAGAGAAGGGAAAGUGGAGAAGCUACUGUUUGAGGAAUUCCUUAAAAUGCUACGUUGCGCAACUCACCCUCUGACACGUAGUUACAUCUGUUUUAUGCGUCGUUUUUUCAAAUUUCCACCUUUUCUCUUUCUCUGGCUCUCGCUCUUCUGGUCUCUGAAAACAAACGACACCAUGGUUAAAAGCGAAACUAUUACACGUGCAAGCAGCUUGAAGUUGUAGAUCACGUGGAUUUCAAAGAGAUUGUAGGAGUUCUUAUAGACUAUGAAUUCUUUUGUGCAAGUAUUUAAUUUUCUUUUUGAACUUGGCGGAAGAAAGGAGUACAGAUUCUAGCAGAUUUCUUCGUAGUUCCGAUAGCUUCGAAUUUGCUAAGUUUUUUCUAAAUUCUCUAAAUUUCAAUUUAGAGAUCUGGCAAAAAAAAAAAAAAAAAAGAAAACAAUUGUGAAAGUACAGUUCUUCACAGCUUCGAAUUUGCUUCUGCGCAAAUUCCACUUUUCCAAUAAAUUUGCAUUUUUGGAGAAUUUUGGAACAGACUUGGGUCAUCUGGUAAAUUCCGAUUUUUCUUGAAAAUUAAUUUAUAGACAGUGUGUAUUGCUUGUUUACUGUCAGAGUCUCGAUUUCGAAUGUAUAACACCUUUCAUUUCAGAUUGUGGAUCGUAGAUGGAAUUUCAAGUUUGUCUUUGCAUUUCGUUUCAGAGUUAAAUUACGGAGUUGAGGAGAAAUGUUUACAUGAAAAAUGAGAGAAACACAGUAUCGUGUCACAUUCCUGAGAAAAGGCGCAUUUUAAUUUUGAUCUCUUGAUCGAGACGAAACCAUUUACACUGGAUAUUUCCACCAACGAAAUAGACCAAAAGAAAAGAAAAAGAAAGAAAGAAGAACGGAAAGAAUUUAAGAAAAGAUACGAAUAAGAAAGAGAAAUUAUUUGGGGGGGGGGAGAAGGAAAAAGGGGGAAGUCAAUUUCAACCGAAGGAAACCGCGUGUCCCUCUCGACGAAACAAUUGCCUCCAAUUUCAGCAUCGAACGAUUCGCAUCGUCAUAGAUCACCGGCAGACAAACGCAAUAUUGAGUGUCUGUGGUUGCAGAGGGUUGCGAAGAAAAGAAGAGAAAGAGAGGGGAGAGAGACAGGAUCCUCGCUGGAUAAAAUUCUCGCAGGGCCUUUCGCUGGCGACGUGGAUCGUCGCCUGGUCGAGGCACGAGUUCAACGAGCUGGCUAAUCGAAAUCGCUUCUCCGUUGCUAACUACUCAACUCGAGAGAAAGAGAGAGAGAGAGACCUGGUCCAUCAUCUGCCCUCGUUUUCUCCUUUCGCGCCUCUCCACAACCUCCCCACGCUAUUAUUCUUCCGUCAGGACACGGCCAUCGAGUGUCCUCGCGAAAAUCUUUUACGUCUUACUGCGUCUUGCUCUUCAAGGUGGAGCCCCCCGCUUUUCACUCGACUAUUUCACAAUUCUGCACUGAAUUGAUAUUUUUUUUUUUAUUUGAUACUAUUAUUUUUUAUUUGAUACUAUUAUUUUUUUAUUUGAUACUUUAUUUGAUACUAUUGAUAUUGUUUGUUCUGCGUAUUUUUAGCAAGUAGUAGUUCUUUUCAAUUUAUUUUAAGUAAAGUUUCCUUUCAAUUUAUUAUUAUUUAAGUUUGAAGCUAACAGAAGCUUUGGUUGGUUGAUGGAAAUAUGAUGGGCCGUGGAUAUUCGUAUUAGAAAAAUAUAAGAAUGUUCGAUUCCAUCUUGAUGUAGAACUCACUCUCGAUAUUUUACGUAAUUUUAAUUAUUAACAUUAUAAAUUCAUUAUAUAUACAUUUAUAGAUUCAUCGUAACAUUUGCGAAACGUUACAAAUCCCAAGAUAAACGUGUCAUCAAAUAUUCACAGUACUAACUCUUUUUCUAUUUUUUCAAUUUAUAGAAUCGAUCAAUAA